AUGCUAUACUACUAAAAUUUUGUUAGUAGACUUACUAAUGCACUACUGCUAAAAAAUUCAUUCUUAAUGAGCUUCUUGAUUAUUAUGACAAUAUUUUUCACCCAGAAUAUCUUUAUUUUUGCAUCUUUUUGUUACGGUAGAAUUCAAAUUGAGAAGCUUACACAGCCUAAAUACGUUCACGAUAUUGGAGCAGCUGAUCUGCAGAUGGAUUCAUACAAACUUUGUUAAGAAUAGCAAUACAUAUCCAAAAGUAUUCCAAAACACCUGAGGAUUUAUUCUGUUAGCAUCCCUGAUACAUUUGAUAAGUCAUCAUAAAUAUUCUCGUUGUUGAUUAUGAAUUGGUGGCUCUGCUGUAGUAUAACAUUCUUCUAUUUGCUAUCCAGCUUGCAACAAAUCUUGAAGCAAAGCUUGAAAUGA